AAGCUGCCUUGUUUAACUACUAGUCUUCCAUGGUGCUUUGUUCUGCACUCUGCAGUGGUUUUCUAUGAAAUAUACCUGCCUUACAUAGUUUGAAGAAAAAUGGUUGGGAAGACAAUUAGGGUUUCUGGAUUUCCUAUUUACAUUACCGCAAAUGAGGUAAAGGCCUUUUUGAAGAGAUAUGUGGACGAGGGGGCAGUGGAUGCAAUUAAGGUUAGAUUCCCAAAAGUUCGCAAUAGUAGUUCAAAAGCUUUUGCAGUUGUUCAAUUCUCUUCCAGCAAGCAUGCUGGAGAGAUCAACUCCCGUGCACAGCAGAAGCGUCUAAUGUAUGGGACUUAUAUUCUGAAUACUAUUAAUGCGGAACAUGAUAUUGUGCAGAAACCAAGAAUUUCUUUAUUGACUUUAGAGGAUGCAAUGUUGCAUUUGGGCUGCCCAAUUUCAUCAGAUAAAUUCUCUGUUCUACGUAGUUUCAAGAGUGUCAGGGUUGACUUUGGUUUUAAUUUAAGGAAAAUAUAUUUCUUUAUACCAUGGUUGAGUAAGUCAUAUAAACUUGAACUUUCUUAUGAAGCCAUUUGGGAAAUAAAGCUGCUGCGCUCCCCUGACAAACGUGAGAAGUGUCUCCUGAUUCAGGUACAAGCUGCACCUCGUAUUUAUGAACUCUCUGACCAAAACUCUAGUAAUUUAUAUGAAGAUGCUCGUUUCAAUUUUUUCAAGGAUCUUCCAGAUGAUCAAUGGAUCAGAACAACAGAUUUCACUCAAUUACGUAGCAUUGGGCAAUCUUCUGCUUUUUGUUUGCAGUUACCCUAUGGCUGUAGUCUUCCAAAUAUCCGUGAAUAUUUUGUUUACUACAAGGAAGUGGAUGGUCCUUUCCGUCUGCUGAGAGGUUCAUCUUUCUCUCGUAGCUUGGAUUUAGUUCCUAUUGUAGAACCUUCACCUGAGUUUAACGUGCCUUACAGAAUUCUUUUUAAGAUAAACCACAUGGUUCAAAAUGGCACACUCAUGGGCCCGACACUUGAUCACAAGUUCUACCGAUUAGUGUCUCCACAUUUUGCACCCAUCAACCAUAUAGAACGAGCAUUAGAAGAGAUGUCUUAUUUGAAGAGCUCUUGCCUUAAUCCUGCAAAUUGGCUACAUGAGAAGUAUCAAAAAUUUUUAAGAUCGAAGCGUGUCACGCAAUCAUCCAUGAUUUCCUUAGAUUCUGGUUUGGUGUAUGUUCAUCGGGUCCAAGUGACUCCUUGUAAAGUUUACUUCUAUGGACCUGAGAUAAAUGUUUCUAAUCGCGUGUUACGACAUUUUUCGGAAGAUAUUGAUAAUUUUAUCCGGAUUUCUUUUGUUGAUGAGGAUUAUGAAAAGAUGCGCUCUACCGAUUUAUCACCUCAUUCUAGCAUUGACAAAAGGACAGCCAUUUAUGAGAGAAUACUUUCUACAAUGAGGAAUGGCAUGUGCAUUGGUGAUAAGAAGUUUGAAUUUCUUGCUUUCUCAUCAAGUCAGUUAAGGGAAAAUUCUACAUGGAUGUUUGCUUCAAGGCCUGGACUAACGCCUGCUGAUAUCCGAAAAUGGAUGGGUGAUUUUCGUAAAAUAAGAAAUGUGGCUAAGUAUGCAGCAAGGCUGGGCCAAUCAUUCAGCUCCUCUACUGAAACUUUAACCGUUUACAGGGAUGAGGUUGAAGUUAUUCCUGAUGUAGAAAACACAGCAGGUUAUGUGUUCUCAGAUGGAAUCGGAAAAAUCUCACCUGAAUUUGCCAGAGCAGUGGCUAAAAAAUGCCACAUAACAACUGCAACACCUUCAGCAUUUCAGAUCAGAUAUGGUGGAUAUAAAGGUGUUGUUGCUGUUGACCCUACAUCGUCAAUGAAGUUAUCCCUGAGAAAAAGCAUGUCAAAAUAUGAAUCAGAGAACAACAAACUAGAUGUCCUGGCUUAUAGCAAGUACCAACCGUGUUAUCUUAAUCGUCAGUUGAUUACUCUUCUGUCAACUCUUGGUGUUAGAGAUGCUAUAUUUGAAAGGAAGCAAGGAGAAGCUGUCAAACAAUUGGAUAAUAUGUUGGUAGAUCCAGCCAGUGCUCAAGAAGCAAUUGAGGUAAUGUCUCCAGGAGAAACAACCAAUAUACUCAAAGAAAUGUUAUUGUGCGGUUAUAAGCCUGAUGCAGAACCAUUUCUUUCAAUGCUGCUGCAAACAUUUAGGGCAACGAAGCUAGUGGAACUGAGAACCAGAUCAAGGAUAUUUAUUCCAAAAGGAAGGUCUUUAAUGGGAUGUUUGGACGAAACACGAACUUUGGACUACGGUGAGGUAUUUGUACAAGUUUCUCGCACCGAAAACAAAAAUGUUUAUGAUGAUGGUCUCUCUAAAUUUAGUGGAAAUGAACUCAAAGGAGGUACUGCUGUUGUUAAAGGAAAAGUAAUUGUUUCAAAGAACCCUUGUCUCCAUCCUGGUGAUAUCCAUGUCCUGCAGGCUGUUGAUGUUCCUUGUUUGCAUCAUAUGGUUGACUGUGUUGUUUUUCCGCAAAAAGGAAAAAGGUAG